CCUGGUUAAAGUCUCGUGUGCCGAUGGAUCGGGGGGAGUUUUUGGCCUCCUUAACGGCCGGAGGACUAGCUGGAAUGUGUGUUGACCUGGUAUUGUUCCCUUUGGAUACGGUCAAAACAAGACUGCAAAGUCCCCAAGGAUUUAAGAAGGCUGGUGGCUUCCGUGGCAUUUACGCUGGUGUUCCUUCAACAGCUGUAGGAUCUUUUCCAAAUGCUGCUGCCUUUUUUGUCACCUACGAGUAUAUGAAAGCCGUGCUCCACACAAAUGCAUCUCCAUACGUAGCUCCGGUAACACAUAUGCUGGCUGCCUCAUUUGGAGAAGUAGUUGCGUGUUUAAUACGGGUUCCAUCUGAAGUUGUGAAACAAAGAGCACAAGUUUCUCCCUCUUCUAGUACCUUACGGAUCCUUUCCAACACUCUAUGUGAAGAGGGUAUUCUUGGACUUUAUCGAGGUUAUAAAAGUACGGUAUUAAGAGAGAUUCCUUUCUCUCUGGUACAGUUUCCUCUUUGGGAGUCCUUAAAGGAUCUCUGGUCAUGGAAGCAAGGACACGUGGUCGAUUCUUGGCAGUCUGCAGUCUGCGGAGCGUUUGCAGGUGGAUUCGCAGCUGCAGUCACCACCCCUCUGGAUGUAGCCAAGACGAGAAUUAUGCUGGCAAAGGCUGGCUCUAGGAACGCAACUGGGAAUGUGCUGCCGGCUCUGUGUGGAGUGUGGAGAACCCAAGGGAUACCCGGGUUGUUCGCAGGUGUUGUCCCUCGAAUGUCGGCCAUCAGUCUUGGAGGCUUCAUUUUCCUUGGGACGUAUGACAAGAUACGCCGUUUGCUGUUGUGAGCCGGCCCUGAGGCUCAAGC